GACGUCACCGCCCGCCCACAUGAACAAGCAGACACAUUCGGUAUCCACACCGGCUGAUGCAAGUUGAAUGACUAAAUAUCCCAAAGCAUCUUUAGUGAGAGGAUGACGGAGUGCCAGGGUGACGGAGCCCCGAGCCCGAUGGAGCUGUACGAGAGCGUGACAGCUCAGGGGGAGAAAGUCAGGAGCCUGAAGACCGCUAAAGCCGAGAAGGCUGAGGUGGACGCGGCAGUGCAGUCUCUGCUGAAGCUGAAGAUGGACUUCAAGCGGCUGACCGGGCUGGACUACAAGGCUGGGAGUCCCCCGCCCGAGAACUGCACCGCUGCCAGCGAUGGGAACUGUUCUGCAGAAGGAACAGACGAGGACACAGUGGACCCGUGGACCGUUUCCACCAGCAAUGCUAAAGGAGUCGACUACGACAAACUCAUAGUACGAUUUGGCAGCUCUAAAAUAGACAAAGAGCUGAUCGACAGAAUAGAGAAGGUGGCAGGUCAGAAGCCUCACCGCUUCCUGCGCAGAGGAAUCUUCUUCUCUCACAGAGACAUGCAUCAAGUUCUGGAUGCGGUGGAGAAGAACAAGUCCUUCUACCUGUACACCGGUAGAGGUCCCUCAUCUGAAGCCAUGCACAUGGGUCACCUGAUCCCUUUCAUCUUCACCAAGUGGCUGCAGGAGGUGUUUGACAUCCCUCUGGUGGUGCAGCUGACCGACGACGAGAAGUAUCUGUGGAAGGAUCUGAGUCUGGAAGAGUGCCACCGAUUUGCUGUGGAGAACGCCAAAGACAUCAUCGCUUGUGGAUUUGACGUCAACAAAACCUUCAUCUUCUCAGACCUGGACUACAUGGGAGCGUCGCCCAGCUUCUACAGGAAUGUGGUGAAAGUCCAGAAACACGUGACCUUCAACCAGGUUAAAGGAAUCUUCGGCUUUGGUGACAGCGACUGCAUCGGUAAAAUCAGCUUCCCAGCCAUCCAGGCAGCUCCGUCCUUCAGCAGCUCUUUCCCUGAGAUUUUCGGAGGACGGAAGGACGUCCAGUGUCUCAUCCCAUGUGCCAUCGAUCAGGAUCCGUACUUCAGGAUGACCCGGGACGUUGCCCCCAGGAUCGGCUACUCCAAACCGGCGCUGCUGCACUCCACCUUCUUCCCGGCCCUGCAGGGGGCACAGACAAAGAUGAGCGCCAGCGACGCCAACUCUUCCAUCUUCUUGACCGACACGCCCAACCAGAUCAAGAACAAGAUCAACAAGUACGCCUUCUCCGGGGGGAAAGACACGGUGGAAGAACACCGCAAAUUUGGCGGGAACGCUGACGUGGACGUCUCCUACAUGUACCUGACCUUCUUCCUGGAGGACGACGAGGAGCUGGAGAAGAUCAGACAGGACUACACCAGCGGCGCGAUGCUGACCGGCGAGCUGAAGAAGAUCCUGAUCAAGACGCUGCAAACGAUGAUCGCCGAACACCAGGAGCGACGCAAACACGUGACCGAGGAUACAGUCAGGCAGUUCAUGACCCCACGACCUCUGAACUUUAACUUGUAGCCACAGUUGAUCAAACAUAUACAUUCUGUCCCCGAUCGUGAAAUCUGGCCUGAGCUCAGGUGUGUGUGUCGUAGUGUCACACACACACAUGCUAUAAUCAUGCACUUUGACCUCAUCGUGUGUUUGUUCAUCGGCGCUGUGACAUUAAAAGUGAAGAAGACACAAAGUUCCUGAUGAAGAGUGAGAACAGAGACUUGCAUGCUAACACAAACCCAGUACCAGUCUGUGGGACGACAACACCAGUGCUGCGACCCAAACACUGACGCCAACAACAACAAGAAAGAUAUGCUCCGACACACCUAAAUCAUGACACUCCUGUACACACGCUACUACUGUGCAAGAGAGUUGCUUCAUAAUAGAGCUAGUUACACAAUAAUGACACACGCAUAAUCCAGUUAGGAAGAUCUGCUGUGGGUUGGCUCAGUUAUCCGCCCAAAACAAACAAAGCACUUCUCAGUCACGUGGCAGCAGCGAAGAGUGGGAGUGACAUGGCAGAAAUUGAACCACUGUGGUGCUGUGAGGUGGCCAAGACAUUCCCCAGCUAGAUGGUCCAGACAACCUCCACUGUGUGAUAUCGGAUAUUGUGCCACCAACUGGCCGUGAAGCAGAAGCUUCUGAGGGCGACCAAGCUGCACUCACAUUUUUUUUUGUUUGUCAACUCGAGUCCACUUGUAAACAAGACUAUGAGAUAAUGCAACACAACAGUAUUUACUCAACAAUCGUUCAAAUAACUGACUUAGAAGUGACAGAGCUAGCAAGCUAACAUGGCUAAGUGCAUUAGCUACGGACAGAAAUCGAAACGUACACUAAAUAUGCCACGAAAUACAAGCUUCAUUUACAUUAAAAUGACUAAAAUUGUAUUGCCUUACUCGCUCGGAAAGAUAAAAACUGUACUGAAACGUGACGCCACUCUUCUGCACAGUUUUGUCGCGGUUUAUUUUGGAGGGUUAAAUAUUGCUAUAACAUUAGGCUCAUUUGCAGAUUUCAACGACUCAUCACGCGUAUGUGAUGGGAUUUUGUCACCUGUAUUAGCUCAAUUUGUUUAGUCUCGUGUUUCGAAUCCAGUUUAUUAAAACAUUCUGCAGUCAUUGAUCUGGUCGCA